AUGGUCGGAAAGGUCAGCGAGAGGGUGCUCCUCCGGGAGGGGCUGGAAAGAACCGACAAUGGCAUGAAAAUGACAACAUGGCCCGAUGUGGCCGCGAUCAACCAAAAGAACUACUACACGGAUUACAUGAAGCGAGACGACCAGAUUCUGGCAUUGCGAUUGCAGAACGAGGCCAACCGCGACAAGCUUGUUCAGAACGCCCGGGAUCGCGAUAGAGUUCUCUCCAAACCGGCCAACGGCGAGGUUCCUCUACCGAUACCGGACCUUGCCGACGACGAGGGGACGGCAACACCCUCAAACGGCAUCGACCCGUCCAAGAUCAUCGUCAUCCACCCUGGAAGUCAAAAUCUGCGAAUCGGCUUCGCGAGCGAUGCGCUUCCGCGGACUAUUCCAAUGGUCCUUGCGACAAAGUUCCCGCAGACCGAAUCCGAAAUGCAUGAGGCGCUGCCGCGAAGGCAGUUUGAAGCCAAAAAUACCGACCAGCAGUACGGGGAGGAGUGGUCCAAGAAGUACAACAAGCAGUGCAGCGAUCUCAAGGUUGAUAUGCGAGCAAACAAGCGCAAAGUGCUACCCAACUCGAAAGAGCUGGUGCAAACUUUCAACCGCCGCACGGAGGCCGAGGUCAUCCAGAAGCACAACGAUCCGUUGGAGAUUGAGUGGACAGAUGUGAAAUCGCUGGAGGACCCAAAUUCACUGGCCUCCUGCUUCGUAGGAAAUGGAGCGCUCCGUGUCCCCGACGACUCCGACCCGAAAUUCAAGCUGUGGUGGCCGAUACAACAUGGCUGGUGGAACGAGGAAGAUUACACGAGCGAGGAGCACCUUUACGACGACUUUGAAACACUGCUAGAUAAAACGCUGCGGCAGGAGCUUGGCUUGAAGAAGAACAGCGAGUGGCAGCAGUACAGCUGCGUGUUCGUGAUACCUGAUCUCUACGACAAGCGAUAUGUGGAGCAGGUGUUGCGAUCCUGUAUGACUUGGUUUGAGUUCAACAGAGUCACGUUUAUUCAGGAGAGCAUGGCCGCCACUUUCGGCGCAGGCUACACGCAAGCCUGUGUCGUUGAUGUAGGCGCGCAAAAGACGUCCAUCAGUUGCGCCGAGGAUGGUCUGCUGGCGGAAGACUCGCGGAUUAACCUCAAGUAUGGAGGAUACGACAUCACCGACACCUUCAUCAAGAUGAUGCUUUACGAUAACUUUCCCUACCAGGACAUCAACAUCCGCAGGCGCUACGACUUCCUCCUAGCCGAAGAGCUCAAAAUCAAGCACUGCACCAUGUCGCAGGCCGAUAUAUCAGUGCAGCUCUACCAGUUCCACGUGCGUGCGCCGAACCAACCGACCCGAAAGUACCAAUUCAAGACGUACGAUGAAGUCAUCCUGGCGCCAAUGGGCGUAUUUGAUCCUGAGAUUUUCGACAAUUCUACCAAGUUGAAGGGUCGCCGGAAGCUAAUAGACCGCUCGUACAACGCGUAUGAUGUCGAAAUGCCCGACGACCCGGCAUCUGCUGCCCAGCUUGCCAUCUUGGCUCUCGUCCAACCCUCCAUCACGUCGAACGCCAAUGGAUUUCCUACAUCACAGCCGGAAAUAUCGACACCGAUGAAGGAGAAGGCGCAUCCUUUCAGCUUUUCUGGCCGUGACGGCGUUAACGGGACACCUAUGGGCUCGCAUGCUGGGUCACCGGCCCCUGAGAGCAACAGCACGCCAGCACCACCUUUUGUCUUUGGUAAUGGGAAGGAUGCUACGAAUGGUGGUAGCCCUGCUCCUCCCGGUUCUCGUGUCGCUGGUACUCCAGUGCCCGGCCAGACGAACCAAGCCUCGCAACCGCCGCCAGGGAUGUUUGUCGAUUCAGCAGCCCGGACGGCCAAGCACAUGGCUGCCGAGCGCGAUUCUGUGCUUCCCGUGGCCCCGCUGGACAUUGCCAUCCUCACCAGUAUCCAGAAUGCUGCCAAGGGCGAUGAGAAGAAACUGCGCGAUCUACUGGGCAGCAUCAUGGUCAUUGGCGGCGGCGCCAAGGUGCCACAGUUCACAGUGGUCUUGGAGGAGAAGUUGAAACAGCGCCGACCAGAUCUACACGACCGAAUCCUCGUGAGCAGAAGCGCAAGAGAUAUGGACGAGCAGGUCGUCACGUGGAAGGGCGCGAGCGUUUACGCGAAGCUCUCUACCAACGACUCGUGGAUCACGCCGUUCGAAUUCGAGAGGCAUGGCGCGAGGACUUUGCACCACAAGGUGCUGUGGAAUUGCUUCACACAAGGUCGAACACCCAACAAGAUGGCGUCAUUCGCACGCUUUGUGCCCUUCUCGUCCUCGACGACGCGUCUGCAGGCUGCGACAUACCUCUGUGGCGUCGCGCUAUUCUCCAUCUCCUUUCUCGUCUUUCUCAACAGCUCUGUGAGCUUUGUCAUCUCGGACCUGAUCGGGCAGAAGCACAAUAUUGGCGAUGUUGUCGGUACCCUGGGGUUUGCGGACGAGGUCGUCGCCUUGGUGGCAUGUCCAGCAUGGGGUCUCGUCUCUGACAGGCUAGGUGUGAGAUGGGUGGCUACUAUUGGAUACCUGAUCAUCGGCGCAUCUUUGGUCGUUUUUGUGCAAGCAAAGAACAUAUACCCGCAGCUACUGCUUGCGAGGAUCUUCUUUGCGGUCGGCGCAUCUGCAGCCGCGACAAUGGUCACAGCGACAUUGCCAUGUCUGACCGACGAGAGCGAAGAUGCUGACAGCAGCCGCUCAUCGCACAAUCAACAUGCACGCCUUUCGCGACAGAGCAUUGCGUUCUCCGUGAAUUCUGAGCUCACCAUUACGCCCGAACGGUACACUCGCACUAUAUCUAGCGACCGUGCCUCUCGAGGCGAGCAAGAUGAGAAGAAGCUUGACAAGGCCUCGGCUCUGGCAGGCUAUGUUGGGCUGGCCACAGGAUGCGGCGCGCUAGUAGCGCUGUCCUUGUUCUUGCCGCUCCCCACAAAGUUCGGCGACAUCGAGAAGGUUACACCUGGCCAGGCUGUCUCCUGCAGUUUCUACGUUGUCGCCGGUGUGGCGAUUGUGGUGGCGGUCUUUGUUUUCCUUGGUUUGCGCAACUUGAGAGGCGAGGAAGGCAAAGGCUGGGGUGUCUUGCUCGGUCUUGGAAGCAAGGCGGAUGAUGAUGACUUCGACGCCCACGUUAGCAGGGAGCUGCGCAAGGAGAAAGUCAUUCCGUAUCUCCACCUGAUGAAGGACUCUGUUCUCCUCGGCGUAACCGACAAGAGGAUUGCCAUUGGUUACAUUGGCGGUUUUGUCGCACGCGCUUCCACAGUUGCCAUCUCGCUCUUCAUCCCGCUGUACAUCAACACCUUCUUCAUCGAUAACGGAUUCUGCCAGGGCUCGCCUCACGACCCCAGCCCGGAACUCAAGAAGGAGUGCCGCACCGCAUACAUUCUUUCGUCUAUCCUCACAGGUGUUGCGCAACUUAUAGCCUUGAUCUGCGCUCCUGUGUUUGGCUACAUCUCACACAAGGCGGGCCAAGUCAACUGGCCCAUUGUCGUCUCGACCGUUUUCGGCAUGGUCGGCUACGUCGUCUUUCCUCAGCUGUCCAGUCCCGAAAUCAAGAAUGAAGAGGGCAGAGGAGGGACACCCGCAAUCUUCUUGGUGGUCGCUUUAAUUGGCAUUAGUCAGAUCGGCGCCAUUGUUUGCAGUCUCGGGUCGCUUGGUCAAGGCGUGCUGGCAGUCGAGCUGUCGCGUACUACACCAAGCGAGCCAUCCAUCGCGCCCGAUGAAGACGAAUCUGCCGAAGAUGAGCCUCUCAUCCGAAUCGCGACACAAGAAAACUCAGUAGCACGCACCAAACUCAAGGGAUCGAUUGCCGGGGUGUAUUCGCUUUGUGGAGGCGCGGCGAUUCUGCUCCUGACAAAGCUCGGAGGAUACUUGUUCGACAAGCUCUCAACUGGCGCACCUUUCUACAUGAUGGCGGUGUUUAAUGCUAUUUUGCUAGUUGUCAGUCUCAUGUUGGACGCAUCACAGACUUUCACGGCGAGGACUUAG